AUGGCACACGCCUGGCCCCGCCUGACCAUCCUCUCCAUAUGCCAAGAGCACCUCCGGUCGGAGACGGACGGGGUCACUCUGGCUGCUCUGCGCGACCUCGUAGAGCAGCGCCCCGCGCUUACGGAACUCGACGUCGCGCUCGCACCCAUCAAGCGCGGCGACUGCGAAGAGGUCAUCGCGCGGCCUCUCCACACCAGGGCCGAGCGGGAUGGCCACAUCCUCGGACCGCUGCAGGAAUGCCGUCUCUGCACCAUCGGUAUCGGCGCACCCUGGCUGGAAAGGGAGGAUGUCGCGGCUGUAGCUGCGGCGCUGAACGCCAUCUUUCCUCACCUAACUGGCAUCAUUCAUGAUGGGGUCGGCCCAGUGCGCUCCAUAUGGUGGGGGAUGGAGAAGCGACUUGCCAUGUUUCGCAAGGUGCGGGAGCAGGAGCGGAAGUAUGCUCUAGGGCAAACCCGGUAUCAUACGUCUUAA